AUGUCAUUAACAAACGUCUACCAUGUGCGUCGUGUCGCGGAUACAUCUGCAAAAGCAUGUUUGAUUUGCUACAAACCAUCCACCAGUGUGAUGAUCACACCCGAUAACAAGGAUUUCUUCUACGUGUGCCCCGCACAUUUGCAAGACAAGCAUUUCUGCUCUCCGAUCAUCGACACAGAGGGCCAAGCAAAACGUCUUAAGGAAGAGCAAAUGGCUAAGGAGAUUGAAAAGGUAAAAAAGGAGUACGAAGAAAAACAACGCCGAAAAAAAGAGCGCGAGAAGGCGUCUAGCAAGGACAAUAAAGAGGAGAAAGAUAAGGGCAAAGAUGAGCCUAAAGACAAAGACACAUCUGAGUUAAGCUCCAACGAUGAAAAAGACAGAGAUGAUAAGAUUGCUUCUAUCCAGAAAGGGUCUGGGACAGAGACAAAGUCAGAUGAUUCGCCUCGAAUUUUCUCUUUACACAAGAAUUUCUAUCAAAUGCGCAUCGACCGGCUACGCAACAUUGAAAUAGCAAAACGCAACCAGGAAAGAUUAAGGCAACCCACACUGUUUCCCUCUGUGCCGUCAGGAAAUCCUUAG